GGAAGCACAAGUGCAGUUUGACGACAUGGAGGGAUCGGGCUUGAACAGCGAGACGUGCUAUACUGUCAGCGGAAAGUUGUGCACCUGAUCGUCAGAAUGAAAAUAUAACCUGCUGUUUGCUGUAAAUAGUUCACGGCGCUAAGACUUCGAUAGAAGUUGACUGACAAGUGUGACGUGAGCUAAAGGUCGAUGAAGAGGAACAGAGUUGAGGAGGCGUGCUCAGUGUUAUGGCCUUUUCAUUGUCGCACCUCCUCGCCCUCCUGUUGCCGCCGAUACCCCUGCUCCUCCUAACGACCCUUAAGCUCCACCCGGGCUUCGGGUGGCCGGAAACCGGUGCCUGUGUGCCCGGGCAGUCCUGGGCGGUGCGACUGGGUGCCAGUGAUGAGGACAGGCACAGACUGGACGACCUCGCCGAAGCCGUGGCCCAGGAGGCUGGACUUCAAAACUGGGGCCAAAUCGGGCAGCUCGAGGGCCACUACCUGUUCUGCUACGGCCCCCAUGGGCAGCCAGAGGAAAUCUCAGCAGCGGCAAAGGUGUUGGCUGCCCAUCCCAAUGUGGCCUGGCACUCUCAGGAGCAGCCCCUGCGCAGAGCCAAGCGGAGCAUGGCAUUUAACGACCCCAGAUACCCCAAGCAGUGGCAUCUGCACAACGAAGUGAGAGCGGGGAUGGAUAUCAACGUGACGGGGGUGUGGGAACGUAACAUCACGGGUUCUGGGGUCACCGUGGUUGUCGUGGACGACGGGGUUCAGCACACGCUGCAGGACAUCCAGCCCAACUAUAGCCCCGAGGGCAGCUAUGACCUGAACUCGAACGACCCGGAUCCCAUGCCUCAUCCCGACAGCCGGGGCGAUAACCACCACGGCACACGCUGCGCCGGCGAGAUCGCAGCAGCUCCUAACAACAGCUUCUGUGCUGUGGGCGUGGCCUAUGGCAGCCGGGUGGCAGGUAUCAGAGUGCUGGACGGGCCCCUUACGGACAGCAUGGAGGCCGUGGCGUUCAAUAAGCACUACCAGGUCAACGAUGUCUACAGCUGCAGCUGGGGUCCUGAAGAUGAUGGGCGGACUGUUGAUGGGCCGCAUCCCCUGGGAAAGGUAGCGCUGCAGCAUGGCGUCAUCGCCGGCCGGAGAGGCUUCGGCAGCAUCUUUGUGGUGGCGAGCGGCAACGGCGGUCACAACGAGGACGACUGCAACUACGACGGCUACGCCAACUCUAUCUAUACAGUCACCAUAGGGGCUGUGGACGAGAACGGGAGGAAGCCUUUGUACGCGGAGAAGUGCGCUUCCAUGCUGGCGGUGACAUUCAGCAGCGGCGAUGGGCCACUGAGGAGCAUCGUGACCUCCGAUUGGUCGAUGCAGCAGGGUACGGGCUGCACAGAGGGGCACACGGGCACCUCGGCCGCCGCCCCUCUGGCCGCUGGCAUGGUGGCGCUGAUGCUGCAGGUGCGGCCCUGCCUGACGUGGAGGGAUGUUCAGCACAUAAUAGUCUACACUGCCACCAAGUAUGAAGACAAGGAGGCAGACUGGAUGGUGAACGGUGCUGGUUUCGGGCAUAGCCACCUGCACGGCUUUGGGCUGCUGAACGCCUGGAGGCUGGUCAACGCGGCCAAGGUGUGGGAGUCUGUCCCGUUCCUGGUGUCGUAUCAGAGCCCGGUGCUGAGGGAGGAGCAGACUAUCCAGGCCCACCCCUUGGUGACCACCAUCACCUGGAAUGUUACGGCAGCUGAUCUGCUGGAGUCCGGAAUGCAGACGCUGGAGCACGUGUCUGUUGCCGUGACGGUGAGCCACCCUCGCCGUGGAAACGUGGAGAUCAUGCUCGUCUGCCCCAGCGGGAUGACCUCGGUCAUCGGGGCUCACCGCAGCAUGGACAUUGACCCCUCAGGCUACAAUGACUGGACCUUCUCCACGGUGCGCUGCUGGGGCGAGAGGGCAGAGGGCGUGUACAGCCUGCAGCUUACUGACUACAGACAGGGCGCUCUGAAUCUAGGUGUCCUGAAGCAGUGGAAGCUCAUCCUCUACGGCUCCUCGAUGCCCUUCGACGAGGUGAAGGCCAGACGGAGGGUGGUGGAAGACGCCAUGGGGGGCCAGUACCUGAACAGCAGUUUCUCUCUGCCCUGCCCCCCCGGCCUGGACAUCCCCCCCGAGAGCUUCAGCCCGUUGACCUCCAACAUCCUAAAGUCUCUGCUGCUCCUGGGUUGCCUGGCCCUCUUCGCCUCACUCUACUACAUGCUGGAGGUCACCCUGUCCCACAUGGACACGCGGGGGCUCUGCCGGAGAUGGCCGGGCCGCAGCAACGUUGAGGAGGGGGACGAUCUGGAGGAGUGCACCAUGCUGGCCUCGGAGGACAAGGCGCCCUUCAUGGCCAGACACUCUUCCACGUAGUCCUGCCCCUCCAGGCCUCUCUCCUGCACUUAGGGGAGGUCUGUGUACCUGCGAGGACCAGGAUCUCCUGUAUUGGUACUGAGGAAGUCUGAAGAGAUGUGCCUUUGCCUGGAUGAACUGGGAACUGGGCCACCUGAACAAGUGCACCAUCAACACACACCAUGGGAUCCCCAGAUCUUUUCGAUGACCUGAGUGGGUCGGUCUCUCCCUCUCUCCCCCUCCCUCCCUCCCUCUGCUGGAGCAUGCCACUCCUUCACCGGGGAUCACUGUGACCUUUAACCCUUCAUUGCUGUUGUCCAGUGCUGGGCUGAACACUCCGCUUCCCAUAAAGCCUCAUUUCCGCCAGGCUUUAUGGGAAAUGCAGUCUUGCCUGAAAUAUGUUCCUCAGUCCAGGGUGGCGAGGGCGUCACGGCUCUGAGGCCUACAGACACACGACACGGGGGUCGUUAAGCGUAAGGGAAGCCAGCAGACAAACCAACAGAGGCCACCCAAACAUAUUCCCCCAGUGUACUGGGAAGGUUGGGAGGUCGCUCUGUUUGUGAUGGGGAGUUAGGAUGCAUAGAAAUGUGACACCAACAGCUCCUUUUUGCACAUGUGCAUGAAUGUUUGUGUUUUCGGUUUUGUUCUUUGCUGUAUGGAUGUAGUGUGUGGAAGGAAAGCAUGGCCAAUAGUUUAGGUUCAAAACCACUGUAUCAUGUUUCAGGAGUUUUUUCAUGGAAUAUGAGCGUGACUGGAAUGUGUGGGACUUAUGUGCCGACUGCCGGCUCUCGGUCAUCUCAGUACUUGAAGCAGUUGUGUGAGCUACUGACUAAAACGUGAUACAGUCUGUCCUGUUUUUGCAGUUGUAUUUGAAUUAUUACACAGAAUUCCUUCCAAAACCAUAUUUGAUUUUUGGUAUUGGUGUCUGCUGCUCUCUGUCAGUGAGGAUUCAAACUCUGCGUUUCUAAUGUGCUUCACAGCUGGUCUGAGUAGAUUUCAAUAAAGGGCGUCUGCCCAGAAUCUCUGCCUUCCACCCA